AUGUGCCUAUCUGCGCCCUUAUCCCUCGCCUCGACUUCCCUUCCUGGCUUUCAGGCCAACCUCAUUCCAACUUUUUCGCACCGCGACCUGGCUCCUCCUGGUACUUCCGACGUGUUUUCCCUUUCUGCGCUCUCCCCCUCCGCCUUGGCGUUCGACUUCGCGCUCGGCGAGGUGACUUGGCUAGGGGUCCUGGGUCCGUCCUGA